AUGACCUUGGAUUGGCCUGGCUCGAACAGGUGUUUGAUCGCCUCACGAAGGAGUUAUGCGUUAGAUUCGAAAGUCACAAGCCCUGGCGUGUGGCCUAUGGGUGCUGAGAUAAUCCUCGAACGCGUCGACAACAACAACACAUUCAGUUGGGAUGAGACUUCAAAAAACUUGGCAGCACGAUAA